AUGGACGCGGCAGGAUUCCACCCGGCCCAGGCGCCGCACCCCUCCGCCCCGCUAGCUGGAGCCCUCGCCCCCUGCGCUGCCGAUUUCUCCUUCGUCCCGGCAGUCGUUUCUUCUGCCUCCUACGUCCAGCCCGCCGUCCAAGAAGACGACGGGGAAGGCCCCCGCUGGCGCCCCUGCGACGUCCGCGACGGCCGCGUGCUCCUCGAUUGGAUCUCCUUCUACCCCCGUUCCGUCCACAUGUGGAGCUACCGCGAAGGCUGUGCCCGCCGUGAGGUAAGCAUCCUCAUGGACUCCAGGGAGCCCGUUAACCUCAACAUCUGUGCCCGCCCGACGUGGACCAAACGGGAGCGCUGCAACGCUGCCGACUUCCACCUCGCCGUCUAUGACCCCCUGUCCAUCAGAUACGUGCUGCUUCCAACCAUACCCGAGGACCUCGCCUCCCAGCCACAGGAUCUCCUUCAGGAAUUCCAGCCUGUGCUUGCUCCCUGCACCGGCGACGACAGCGAGGAAGUGCCCUUCAAGGUGAUAUGCAUAGCAAGAUACCAAACGAAGCUCGUCCUCUUUGUAUUCCCAUCCACAGCUAGGCAAUGGUCUAUGGUCGAGUCCCCCAUUUUCCCUUCUUUGGAGCACAUGUCUUGUUUGUACGACAUGUCCUCUUUUGACUAUGUGCGCGGCUCUUUCUACUGGACAGAUCGUCAUGAUUGGAGUGACCAUUUGAUGGUGCUGGACACGCUCACUUUGAGGUUUUCCACUGUUGACCUUCUCACCGGUUACCAUAUGGAGCUCAGAAGUCUGCCUGGCCAGAGCUUUGAUGAUCGUCGCCCAAAUGCUGUUGUUCUGGGCCGAGAAGGAGCCCUUGAGAUGUUUUCUCUUGUCUGUCAACACGGGGCAUUUGCUCUCUACCAUACCUCUCUGCAGAAUAAUUCACAGGAAUGGAAGCUAGAGAAGAUUAUACAGCUGCCUGGGCAGUAUCGUGACUAUUCCAUCUCCACAAUUGGUGCAGCCGAGGGAUUCUUGUUCUUCCGGGGCGCUCUAGGAGGUCUGGGCAGUAUUGAGAAUGUGGAUUGUUACUCAAUGGAGGUCAAGACAUAUGGAAUUACCAAAGUCUGUACAAAGACGGAGAAGUUCCUCAAUCGCAGAUCUGCUCUCCCAUACUUUAGCUUCCCACCACUGUUAUCGGAACCAACUAUCUGA